AAAAAUUUGCUUAAUUGUACAAAAAUGUAUGAGAAAAAAAGGAGAAAUAUAAUUUAUAAUGAUUUUUCCUCUUGAUUUUGAGGUGAAAUGUUACCUAGAUGUGUUUUAGCAAGAUUCACCCCUUAAAACCAUCGAUUACAUAUUAAUUUUCCUCAGUUUUGUUUCCAUUUACUGUUUCACACACACACACACUUUCUUUUUCAUUGUCGCAGUUAAAUGAUAUUUUUUAAGGUUUUGUUUAACAUUAUACUAUGUAAUAUCAUAUUAUUGUGAUUGAAAUGAUUUAUUAAAAUAUAUGAAGUUCUCUUUGCCCUAUAAAGACAUGUUCUUUACUCAUUGAUUUAACUGAGUGUGUUUUCACACAAAUCUUUAUUUGUGCAGCAAAGAUGAACGAAAGUCCAUGAGGGUGAGUAAUGACACGAUAUUCAUGUUUGGGUUAACUAACAUUAUAAGCUGUUUAGGAGAAAGAUUUAGUCAUCAGUUCGCUCCUUGAAAAGACUCAUCAGACACACUAAUAACCUAUGGUAGUUGUUCCAGUGGUUAUGAUGGUGAGACUUGUUUGCUCUAACAGUGAUAUUUGUGAAACACUUGUGUGGUGUUUUGAAUUAGACUGACCUUUAUACGCUGCUAUUAAACCUGACCUCAGAUCAGGGCUAUUGUGCUCGAUAGUGAAACCCUGGUUACACCUCUUCCUUAUUAAAGUUAUAGAAACUGGCAUUUCCUUUGGUUGUAGUUAUGCUUCUCACCAGACUGAGCCACUGUACUUCUACACACACUUACGUGCUGUCCCGGCUGGGUGAGUUUGCAGAGAAAUAUUGCUGCUUUAUUAAAAUUUUUCACUUUUCUAUUGAUUUAGUUCUUGAUUAUACUUGUGUAAGUGCAGUAUAUUAGAGCAGAUGCCUUCAGAGGACUAGAGGAUUUUGUUAUCUUUCUUAUUAUGAUUGAUAACUAGUUUGAAGAUGUGACUGAUAAGAAGCAUACGAUAAUAUUGAUCAUAAUGAUGCAUUUUGACGAAGCAGAUGGUAGUAAAAGAAAAAACUUGUGUUUUUUUUUCACGCUUGUCAAUGUAAAGAGUGGCUAGUGUAAAGGCGGGACCCCAAAGGUGUGAAUUUAGACAGUUUUUGCAGCUUCUUUAAAAGUUCAGAACAUUAUUAUCUGUAGCCUGUUUUAAGGAGGCCAUAUUCACUGAUGUACAAGCUCUGAUGUCUGACUGGCUGGUGAAAGUAUGUUUCCCCAACCUAAUCAGAGAAAUCAAUUCAUGAGCACCAGGACUGAGGACCAGAAUCCACUGUUGCCGGUGAAACUCAAACCUGUAGACAUGCAAAAAGGCGCAGGCUCCAGGCCUUUCCCUAAACCACUCAUGGUCAAGCCCAACUUUACAGUCAACUCUUUGGAGACUAGAUUCAAUCCUCCAGUUUUUAGCAACGGGCCCAAUAUUGUCUCGAGAAGGGAUGCUGUUGGAGCGACGCUGCCCAAUAGGGAACAACAUGAGAACUCGUAUGCAGAAACCCCUUCUUCAGGAGCCUGGACUCCUAUCAAACCAUCUGUUUUGCAGAAACAUUUGUUUCAUAAAGACAUCUCUGCAGGACCAGGAACUACUGAGGAUUUGUCAGUGCCAAAAACGAAGCCUCUCCCCAAUGUGUUUGCUUUAGGAAAGUGUCCUGCCAAACCAGAGAGACCUCCACAUGUUAACCUCAACAAGUUCAGAGGGAACGCUGGUUCAUCAGUAUCCAACAUCAAUAAUCCUGAGUUUGAUCCUGGAAUUUUCCCCCUUCCACCGCCACCUGAAGAAUGCCUGUCAAUCACAUCUAUGACUCCACCCCCACCGCCACCUGAAUGCCUGUCAAUCACAUCUAUGACUCCACCCCCACCGCCAAACUUCACACUUCCACCUCCAAUGGAUCAGACUUUCCAGGAGGAUUUGUAUGAUGAUACGGACACCAUGAACAGGACACCGUCUUCACUAGGUAAAAGCAGCAAUGACCGUGAGGAGUCGGGUGAGGAGAUAUACGAGGAUCUUGACCACAACCAGCCUGAAGACAACAAAGAAACAACGACAAAAGGAUCAAAAGAACUUAAGAAAAAGCUCGAAAAAGAAGAGAAGAAACGCUUGGAGCAGGAGAAGAAAGAGAAGAAAGAGCGAGAGAAAAGGCAGCAGGAGGCCAAGAAAAAGUUUAAAAUCAAGGAUAUGACUGCCGUAGUUGACACAGUGAAGGCCAGAGUGGACCACAAAGGUGGGAAGAACAAACUUCCACUGAAGCAGGGAGAGACCAUUGAAAUUGUGCGCAAAACAGAAAACCCGAAGGACUACUGGCUCGCCAGGAACACUGAAGGCCACUAUGGUUUUGUGAAGCCUGACACUCUAGAUGUGCGCGGUGAAGUGAGACACACACAUGAUGGACAGGAGGUGUAUGAUGAUGUGGGUGCUGGGGAUGAACUCAAUAGUCUACCAGAUGCAGUUGAAUGUGAUGAUGAUAUUUAUGCAGAGUGUGCAGAAGAUGCUCAAGCUGACUUGAGCUUCCUGCCUCCACCCCCUCCAGCUGACUUUGAAUUUAAUGUUGUGGCAGAUGCCGCUGAUGGCGCGUAUGAUGACACCUAUGAUGAUGUGACUGCAUCAGACUUCCCUCCACCUCCUUCUCCUUGCAGCAAUCGAAAGUGCAGCUCAUCAAGCGAGACAAACGUGAUGGACCCAAAGAAAAAGAAAAAGUUUGAGAAGGAGGAAAAAGAGUUUAGGAAGAAGUUCAAAUAUAAUGCAGAAAUCAGAGUGCUUUAUCAAGCUACUGUUCUCCCAUCACUGUCUAUGAAGAAGUUUGGUAAUAAAGACCUGCCGAUAAAACCCGGAGAAAUGAUUGAUGUGAUAGUUCACCCCGUUGAUGGCAAACUCAUCUGCCGAAACAGCGAAGGGAAAUUUGGCUAUGUGUCUACUGCUAAUUUGGAGCAGGACGGAUCUGUUUAUGAUGAUGUUGGUAAUGUUACAGAGUGUAUCUACGACAAUGAUUGAGCACGGAUCAAAUCAGCAUGUUUUCAUCACUUUGAACAUCCUUAUCGAUCCUUUCACAAAAACAAUGUUUUAUCAUUGUUUGAGAAUGAUAUAAUUGUACAUAGUAACCUCAGUGAAAAUAAAGCAAU